UUUUAAUUUUCUUUCAAUAUUGAAAUAGAAAAAAAGUGAUGAAUAAUAAAAUGUGGAAAUUUUUUCUCUCAAAAUAAGUCAAUCAAAUAAAUAUAUAUCUCUAAAUAAUUAUUUAAUCCUUUAUUAUUAUUUACUUAUUUUAUUUUAUUAAUUAUUUUUUAGCUUUUUACAAAUUUAAUUUCUUUUUUUUAUCAUUUAAAGAAAAUAAGUUCAGAUUUCAAUUUUUUUCUUUUUUUCUUUUUCUCUUUUUUUUCUUUUCUUUUCAUUUUAUAUUAACCAAUUGAUAUAGAGUGAUUUGAUUGACUAAUUGAUUCAAUGGUUACGUAUUAUAUAACUAUACGAAAAAUAACACUAAACAUUUAUACACAAUCAUAAUAUGCAUACAUAUAGAAAAAGAUCAUUCAUUGGUUAGAAACAAUAAAUUAUGUUCUAUAUCAAGUGAUCUAUAAAAAUAGAUAUUAACUAUAAAAAUUUGAAAAACAAAAAGAAAAGAAAAUCAAAUGAUUAUUUUAUGAAUUAUUAAUUAAUAUCCGUAUCAUUAUUUUCUUUUUUUUAUUAUCUUCUUAUUGUUUCCAUGCCACAUGAAAAAAAUAUAUGUAUAUAAAUGAUUGUAAAAAAAUAUCAAAGGAAUUAUAUAAUUAAUUUUUAAACAAAAAAAAUUAUUCAUAUUGAAUCCAGAAUAAAACAAUGUUCAAUGUGUACAAUCUUAUGGAAAUUAAUUGGCUUAUGAAUGUCAUCUAAUUUGUUUCAAUACUUAUAAUUUUAUUUGACUACUUUUUUUUUAAGAAAUAAUAUAAUUUGGUUUAAUCAUACCAAAAAUUGAUAAUGGAUAAGGAAUUAAUUAAAAGUAAUUCACAAGUAAAUAAAAAUACAAAUAAUGAAAUGAAUAACAAUACUAUUACAACUAUUGCUACUAAUAGUGAGUCAUCAAAGUAUUCUGGAAGAAAUUUAGCUCUUGCUGAUGAAUGGAUUCAAGCAACUGAAGCAAGAUAUGAUUCCAUGGAAAAUUUAUUACAAUCAGUACGUCAUGAUAUAGAUGUGUUAACAGAACGUUUAAAUCAGACAACACCAACAUCACCUGAACUUAUAAGAUCAACAACAACGGUGAAGAUUGGUAAUAAACAAACUAAUAUCGAAGGAGAAAACUCAUCAUCGAGGUUGGAACAAAUAAAAUUAUCAUCUCCUCCACUUCAAAUAGAAACAAGUCAAUCUUCAUUAGUAUCUCAUGAAAAAGAUUUAUCAGAUAACUUAAAAUGUAUCCCUGAAAAAGAACUAUUAGGUUUAAUAGCUGACAAAGAUGAGUUUAUGGAUAUACGGAUCCGUCCAAUAAAAAAUCGAUUUCCCAAUACUAAUGCAGAUGAAUUGUUUGAUUGUAAUAAUAUUCGUCAAUUUAAUGAUAAUCGUAAUGACAUGAUUCACCACAAUAACGCUACUAACACUACUGAUAAUAAUGAGCGUAGUAUUGAAGAAGAUAAAUAUUUGACAAAAACAUGGAGAUCACCAUCUGAUUUUAAUCUACAUGAUCCAUUCUAUGGUAAUUCAUACGGUUUCACCGAUGAACCUUAUGAUAAUGAUAAUAUUAACGAUGCUUAUCAGCUUAGAACCAUGCAUUAUGUUAAAAUUAGACAAAUGGACAGUAGCCAUAAAAUAAAUGAUGACAUUAAUAAUGACGACGAUGAUGAUGAUGAAGUUAUUGAAUAUAAUUUCCCUUCACAUGAUCAUCAUUCCAUGAUAGAAACUGAUUUAGACGAUUAUCAACCAGACAAGCAAGAGAAUAGUACUACUGAAUCGGAGAACAGUUUAUCACCUGCUAUAUCACCAACAUUCGGUAAUUUAGCCUCAGACGAAAUCAAAUUACAAAAUAUGAUUAUAUCAAAUAAUGACACAAUUAUAUUAUCAAUCGGUAAUAAAUAUUUGACUGAAAAUAACAAUGAUGUGAAUAGUAGAAAUCUAAACAGUGAAGAUUUUAAAGUCUAUGAUAAUGGACAUUCAUUAACUACAAUUGAUGAAGCAUCAGAAGAGAAUGAUGAUGAUGACUGGUCGUCAUAUGAACAUGAGAUUUCUACGAAUAAUGGUAACAAUAAUAUUGGUAAUAACACUACUGAAAAAUCCAUGGAAGAAGAUAUUAAGAUUUUGAAACCGUUUGAACAUUACAAAGAUGAUCAAAUACCAAUAAAUCAAUCAGUAAGUCAGGAAUUUAAACUAUCUUGUAUCGAUAAUAAUAACUCUGACAAACAGGAGCAUAUUAUACGACAAAAUGAAAAUGUUGACGAGUCUGCUUUAGAACAUCAACAGCAACAAGUUGAGAUGAUAAAAGAUAAUAUUGAUAACAAUACUAGCAAAACCAAUUCAUUUGUAUAUAAUGAAAAAUGCAUAAUCACAAGUGAAUACAGUCAACAAUCACCUAAUAUUGUUCUAUUACGACCUAAAAAAAUAGAUAAUUCAUGUAUAACUACAAAAAAUCUUAAAUCACGACCAGUUUCAGCUGAAAUUCGAAAUAACAAUAUCAACAAUAACAAUAAAAAAUUAGAAAAAUCACAUUCUGGUUCUUUAAGUUCUAUGCUAUCAACAAUAAGUCAAGAAGGUGUUAUUAGUGAAGCUGAUUCCUAUGUGACUGUAUGUAGUCAUCUAAUUGGUACAGGCAGUGAGGAAGCUUAUACAACAGCACAAAGUGAUUCAGAUGCAUUCAAUGAACAAACAUUAUAUACAAAUUCUCACACAGAUGAGGAAAAUGAUUACCAAACAUUAUCAUGUAAAAAAGUUAAAACAUUGUCUUGUCGUAGUCAAAAACGUAAAUGUACUACCGAUCCAGAUCUGAAUAGUCAGUCAGCAUCGGAUUUAGAAAAUGAUAAUGAAACCAUUUUAGAUUCAACAUUAACCACGUCGACACCAGUAACAGUUACACCGAAAUUUACCAAAUUACCAUCAAAAUUAAUUGCAUCCUCUGAAAAUGCUAUCGAACUAAAACAAAAUGAUAUUGAACCAUUUGAUGAAAAAACAUAUGUUAUGGAUACUAAUUAUAAUGCCAAUCUAUGUGAUAUGCAUAAAUAUGAAGAAUUAUCAAUAAAUGUUAAAGAUGAAUCGAAUGAGUCGGAAGUCAAUGAUAACAAAAAGAUUUCUACAGCUUCAUACAAACGUGUUACAUUGAAACGACCAAAUCGUUCCAAUAAUAACUUAACAGAUAUAUUCUCUGACAAGUCGCAUUAUUCAGAUUCCGAUAAUGAAUCCAGUGAUUCCAUAUCAAAUUCAUCAUCUCCUUCGUCAUUCACCUCAUCGUCAUCAUCUGAUGAUCUGAAUGAAGCCCAUUAUGAUACAUCACAACCAGAAUCAUGGAUUGGUACGAAUUUUAAACAGUUAAAUGGUGUCAUUCUACCAGAUAUGAUGCAUCGACCAAAUUAUCAUACGACAACACAUGAAUCUAAAAAGAAACGUUUAUCAAAAAUUAUUGAAACUAGUCAAAGUUCACUAAAUGAUGAUGAUAAUAAUAAUAAUGGGGAUCAACAAGCUAUUUCUUCUAGUUCUGUUGAUGAACAUUAUAAAUUAACUCCAUCAUUAUCAUCAUUACAAAGAGACGAAGUUUCAUUUAUUUUACCAAAUGUUUCUAGUAUAAAUACACCGACAUUGUCAAACAACAUAUUUAAUUCUGAUACGUUUAAACCAGAAGUGAUCAAUAGGAACACAAGGGCGUUGACUCAAUCUAAUAAUUCAUUGGUUGAAAAUUAUGGACCAGUCACACCCGUUGUACAAUAUACCGAUGAUAAUGAUAAAAAUAUUCUCGUUGGUAAUCAACAAAACCAACAGUUUUCAAUCAAUCAGUACAGAAAAAAAGAAAAUGCAAAUUUAAAGUCAGAAUUAAAUACAAUUAAUUUACAAUCUAAAAACAACAAUAAUGAAUAUGAAAAAUUAAAUCAUUCAGAUAAGCAUGUAUAUAGUAAAAAGAAAGAUCAUUUAGUUGAAAAUACUAAAAUAAUUAAACCACUGGAAAUUAUUACAACUUGUAAAGAAGACAAAUCAAGUCGAAAAGAAGUUGUUGAAAAUCACUCUGAAAUAAUGUAUGAUAAUAAUAUGAGACUACCUCAAACAUCAUCAUCAUCAUCAAUGUCAUCAACAUAUGUCAGAAAGGAACAUUUCUUUCCCAAGCACUUAAACACUAAUGACCGUCAAAUAUCAAAUGAAGAGAAACGUGCAUACAAACAAAAUGAACAUAUUCCAAUCAUUCAAAGUUCCAAUUCACCUCAAAUUUAUGCAUCAAAUUUAUAUGAAAAUAACUUAACCAAUUCAAAAUAUACAGAUGAAAUAAUACAACCAAACUUUCACACAUCAUAUUCAAAUGAACAUCAUGAUCGUAUCAUUUAUGAACAAAAUCAUGAUAAUCAAUCUUACAGAUCAACAAAUGGUUUAAUAAAUAUUAAAGAUGAAACAAAAAUAAGUAAACCAUAUGAAUAUCAUACAGAAAAUUUUUAUGAUAAUGAAUUAGAUGAUUAUAAUCGAAUAAAUAAAACAUCAAGUUAUGUUAAAAAUCAAUCAGUAAUAGGAUCAACGUCAUCAACAAUUCUUGCUAAAUCCCCAUAUAUUAUAGAAGAUCGAUCAAGGUAUACAGAUAACAAUAAUAAUAUACCAUCAUUACAAGAGAAUAAAACAUUAACUAAUGUAGUCUCAUUUGAGACAGUUAAACAACCUACGUCACUCCAUUAUUAUGAACCAAUAAAAGCUGAACAAGAUGAUAUUCAACUAGCGUCACAAAGAAAAAGUCGUAUUCUACAAGGCGAUUGUGGUGAUUUAGAUAAUCAAGUUCAUAGUUCUAUUAAAUACAAACCAGGACCAAUUUUAUCCGAAAAAGAGUUCAUAGAUAAUCAAAUAAUUACCAAUUCAGGUGUAUCUGAAAGCUGUCGACAAAAUACUCCAGAAGUAAGAGAAAUAAAUGAAGACAGAAAUUAUAAACCAAUCCAAAACUAUGCAUCAUAUAGGUCUGUAACAAUAAAAGAUGAAACUCAUAAACCUGUGAUUAAAUCAAACGAAUUAAUUAAUGAUCUUAAUGAAAAAAAUAAACAUUUACCUUUAACUUCAAAUUAUAAUGCAGGUUUGUAUAUAAAGAGUGAAGAGUUACGGAAAGUGAAUGAACCUAAAGAAUCAGUUGAGUUAUCUAAUACUCCGAUUUUAAAGGGGGACCUAAACCAUAGACACAGACAAAUGAGUCCGAGCCCCCCAAGACACCAUCAUAUUCUAUCUCCUAGUACAGUUACAUCUAAACCACCAACUCACUACCAUCCACGUACAAAAUGGCACCUAAAACCAAUACCCACUGAUGAUGAGAUUCGUGAAAGAUUGAGGAGCUCUAGCCGCAAACGACAAGAGGAACGUCAAUCACGUUCUGUACAAAACCCUCAGCCUUCACCUUAUCGUCCACGUAGUUCAAGAUCAGAUUCACGUUAUCGAUUUACAGAUUUAGAUUCAGCUAUAGCUGAGUCAAGAGCUGACACAAUUGAAGCCACGAAUCAAUUAAAUACAGAUAGUGAAUCGCAUUCGGAAGCAAGACAGUCUGCUUCACUGUUUGAUUUAGAUGCUCAAAUUCAAAAAGCCAGAACACCAACCACACCAUCCUAUCAAUAUUCUUCUGGUGUAUAUAAUAUUCAAAAUGAACCAAAUAAAUUAUUAACGAAGAAAUUUUUUGGUGACACCAAAUCGUAUAGUUCUUUAUUAGAGACUGAUAUUGACACUGGUGAAAAUUUCAAACGACCGGUUAUUUUAGAAACUGACUUAGAUAAAUUAAAUACUCAAGUCAAUGAUGGAUCAUUUGAUGCCGCAAUAAUUGAUACAUAUCAAGAUAGAACUCGUAGUUUAUACAAUCUCACAUUCACACGUACUCCUGGGGCAUUCCGUCGUCAAAAAUCUAAUGAAUUCGGUGGAAACACAGUAGAAACUGGUGAAAUUGAACUACUUCAAUCACCAACUGAUCAAUGGCAAAAAGCUAAAAGUUAUCAAGGUCUCGUUAACAGUGAAGAAUCUGAUCUACAAAAAGUACCACCUCAAUAUGAGGUUGCAAGAUACAAAAAGAAAACAACAACCGGUGGCGCACAAGGUUUGAUUGAUCGAUUAAAAGAGAAAGCGCGUUCAACACAUGAAUUAAGAAUAGCUCAAUCAUUAACAAAACUACAUAUCCCUGAAUGGUUAGAUAAAGCGAAUUGUUUACAAACCACAUCUGAUCUAAUAACCACUAAUACAGUGAAAGAAUAUAAUAUAAACGAGAAAAGAACACAAUUCGAACAUGCAACUCAAAAGCAUUUUCCCAGUCCAUCGUAUACACCACGUACAAAUAAAGCACUAAUUUCAUCGCUUCGAUCUUUAUCUAGUAUUUGUAAACCUAGUGAUAAUUCACUUACGAAUAUAUCGAAUUUAUCACAAAAAACAAUUGAAACAGUAGCUGAACCAAUAUGGCCAAAAUCAGAUAUUUUAAAUCCACCAAAUUUUGUUAGACCUAGUCAAUUAAUUAAACAAAAAUCUGGACAAACCAAUAAUUAUUUACGUCCUAUUCAAUCAAAACUAAAUAAUUCAAUGCGUUCAUUAAGUGCACAACGAUAUAAAUCAAUUGAAUCACAAGAUAUACGACCACAAGUUGCUCCAAGACAUAAUUAUACUAAAGGACAAGGUAAAUUAAUUGAAUUAAAUCCACAAGAUUUUAUACCAAAAUAUGAACAAAGAUGGUGUAAAGAGAAACUAAAUAGAUUUAAUCGUGCAACUACAGAACCACCAGAUAAAUAUGAUGCUAAUAAAUCAGUAUUAUAUUUAGAUAAUAAUUCAAAAUUGGAUAUAAAUCAAUCUAAUUCAGUCAAGAAAAUUAAUUUGAUUUCAUCACCAAAUAUUAUAACUCAUAAAUUUAAUACUGAUUCAAAACCUACAAUAUCAUUAUCUAAUAUAAAAGAUGUUGAUCAUGAUUCAGGAACAGAAAAUUCAAAUGAGCAUCAAAUGAUUUCUUCUGAAGAAGAUCAAAAACAAUCUGAUAGAAAAUAUGAAAAUGUUACUACAACUAAUGUCUUAGUAAAACCAAAAGAAUAUUUAAAUCAAAGUAAUCUUGAAUCUAAGCAAUUUAUUCAAAAGAAUGCUAGUAGUAUUGAAAAUUGUCUUAGUUUAGAUGAUUCAGAAAGUAAAGAGUCUUCACAAAUGAUAAAUCCGCCAGAUAAAAUCUCAUAUAAUGAACUAUAUUCAGCAGAUGCAGAUGGUGAAACUGAGUCUGAGGUUACAGAUGGAUUUGAUCAAUUAUCUGAUUUAACUUGUUUAACUUCAUUGCUUGAUACAUGUUCAUCAAGACAUCGUAGUCUUCUUGCAAAUAGACCAUCAGCCCUUGAACAUUUAUUGAUAAGUGUUGGUUGGUGGCCUGUUUAUCCGGAGGCUGAACAUCGUUAUCUUCCUCCUACUGCUGCUGAAGCUAUUUCUAUAGCGGCUCAUGAGUUUGACAUAAAAGAAGAUUCUCAUCGUUAUGAAUACUUACAACUUAUUGCUGGACCAGACAGUCAUAAACCAUUAAAUUUAGGAGAAUUCGGAUUAAAUCAAUUGUCUGGUGCGAUGAUACGUCAUCCAAUUGAUGGUUUACUAUACAUAAGUUGUGGUAAAUCUACAUGCUCAACCAAACCUCUACCAGUGUCUCAAGCCAAUAAAUGGUGUGCAUGCGCCAAUUGUUUUACGUUAUAUUGUUCAAAUAAAUGUCGAGAAGAGUGUGAAAGUAAUCCAAGUGAUCACCCUUCAAACUGUUCAUUUUCUAGAGCUAAACGUGUUUGUUGUCGUUUGUUGCGAAAUCUUGCUCCAGGUCAAAUUACAGGCCUUACAGCUCUUGCUAAAACUGGUAUGGCUCGUCUUGGAAGAGGUGGUAUACUCUUAUCAUUUUCAUUAAUUAAACAUGCCGAAACAUUUUUACAACGAUCAUUAGAACAUUCAUUUGUAAAUGAAGAAUUAGACGAUACUUCUAUAGAAAAAGCGCUUCGUCAAUGGGAAAGACUUCACCAACCGAGUCCAGGAGGUUUAAUGGCUCCUCCUACAUACCUUACACUUAAUGAGCUGGAAGAAUUAGAUUCAAGUGUUGCUAAUCCAUGUAAAUCAUACAAUCCUUCUUCAAGUAUGGUUUUAAUUGUAGUUGUAUGCGCAUAUGAGCUAAUUGCUCGAAAAGAUGGUCGUCCAGUGCAUUUAUUUAAGCAAAGUUUAAUACUACCGUUUCCUUCUCAUUCAAAUUUAAGGAAUAAAAAUGAAGUUGCCGCCUCGCAAAAUACACAACCUACUGAAAAGCCUGAAGUAUCACAUAUGAAAGUUGCCACAAUGAAAAUAGAUAAACAAGCAAUAGUUGCUAGAGAAGCUUAUAUGCUUCGUUUACAACGUAUGCUUCGUGAACGAGGUGUUAGUUUAAGACAUCAUUAUCCAGAAAUUUAUACAAGAAUUGCAAAUUUUGUUGAAACUGGCAUACCAUUUAGUUCAAUACGAAUUACAUUUGAUGAUUUUCUUUUACAACAACAAGUUAAUUGUAUAAUACAACCAAUGAAAGAUUUGUAUAUAGAACCAGUUAAUAAUAGUAAUAAUAAUACUAAUCAUAGUAAUCAAUAUUUAAAAGAAACAGAAACGAAUAAAUCUUCAACGAAUAUCCAAUCAAAAUAUGUAAAAAAUUAUAAAUCUCAUGAAAUGGCUUCAUUGAAUCGAAAAAAAUUAACUGAAACUAAUUUCUAAUAUUCUUCUUCUUCGGCUUCUUUCUUUUCUACAACUAAAUAAUGUUCAUUCGUUUGUUUCUAUUAUUUUUGUUUGGAUGAACAAUAUACAAUGUUCAUUUAUGAGUUUCUAUAUUCAACGACUUUAUUAUUAGUUUCUACUAUGAUAAUUGAUUCUUAUUUAAGCCUUAUAUCUAGAUCGGUCCAAAGGAUUUCC